AUGGUUCAGGGCUCCCUCCCCGGAUUUCCUGCGGGGCCGGGGCGGGUGCGGGGCCCGAACCUCAGCGCUCCCGGAGUCGCCGAUCGCUUCCUGCCCGGGCUGGGGCUGCUCCGGCCCGACCCCGACUGCUCCGACCCCGCAGAGCCCGACAGAGAGCGGCGGGCAGCGGACACUGGACACUGGAGACUGGACACUGGACACUGGACACUGGACAGUGGAGACUGGACAAUGGCUUGCUAUGGAAUUGUCCAGGUUCCCACCGGCCCCUGGUUCUGCCGGAAAUGCGAAUCCCAGGAAAGAGCCGCCCGGGUGAGGUGUGAGCUGUGUCCCCACAAGGAUGGAGCCCUGAAGCGCACGGAUAACGGGGGCUGGGCCCACGUGGUGUGCGCUCUGUACAUCCCGGAGGUGCAGUUCGCCAACGUGCUCACCAUGGAGCCCAUCGUGCUGCAGUACGUCCCCCACGACCGCUUCAACAAGACCUGUUACAUCUGCGAGGAGCAGGGCCGGGAGAGCAAAGCGGCCUCGGGAGCGUGCAUGGCGUGCAAUCGGCACGGCUGCCGCCAGGCCUUCCACGUCACCUGCGCGCAGAUGGCCGGGCUCCUGUGCGAGGAGGAAGUGCUGGAGGUCGACAACGUCAAAUACUGUGGCUACUGCAAGUACCACUUCAACAAAAUGAAGACCUCCCGGCAUUCCGGGAGCAGCUCCUUCCUCGCGGGCCGGAGGAGCCGCUCGGCGUCCCCCACGCAGGAGAAGCUCCUGUCCCACCACGAGAGACCCAAGAAGAGCCGCAAGGACAAGGAGAGACCAAAACAGAAGCACAAGAAGCGUCCGGAGUCUCCGAGCAGCCUCCCCACGGCCCCUGUGGCUGUGGCCGCUGACAAGGGCUCCGGAGGCCACCACGAGGCCACCAAGGACACUUUGGAGGYGGCCAGGGCCGAGGCCAAGGGCAGGAAAUCCUCGAGCCAUGGCAGCGGCCACAAGGGCAAGAAGACGGGAAGCGGGAAAAGCUCGGCCGGGUUCGGCUCAGCCACGUCCGGCAGCAGCUUCCAGCCCGCGGGUCCCUCCUGCAGCAGCCUGGGCUGCUCCCCGGACUUCGUGACCUUCCCCAAGCUGGAGCAGGAGGACGAGAAGUUCCGCAAAGCCGCGUCCUCGUCCUCGUCCUCGCGCUGCUCGCCGCUGGCCGAGGGCCCCGCCAAGGGCGACACCUUCGAGCAGAAAGUCAUCUUCUCCGGCUUCGGCUCCAUCAUGCGCUUCUCCACSGCGGCCGUGGGCCAGCAGCGCGCCCGCGACGCCUCCCCCGUGGACUACAAAGCCCCCGGCGCCCUCGGCGGCCCCGCGGGGGCCAGCGGUGGCCACAAGCGAAUGCCGUCGCUCAGCGCCGAGGAGGGGGAGGUCCUCAAGGAGAAGAAGCACAAGGGCAGCAAGAAGAACAAGCACGGGCCCGGCCGGCCCAAGGUGGGCAAAGGCAAAGAGAUUUUGGGGGCCCAGCUGGCCGGGUCCACGUCCACAUCCUCGUCCCCCUUCUCUGGGGGGUCCCUGGUGAGCUCCAGCAUUGGGAAUUCCGCCCGGAGUUUCAGCCACCCCGGGAGUCUGCCCAGCCUCAGCGUGGAGUCGCCGCUGCUGGGUUCAGGGAUCUACACGAGCAACAAGGACCCGAUCUCGCUGGGCGGAGCGGCGCUGCGGGCGGGGAGCAGCACCCCGCUGCCCUCGGGGCUCCUGGCGCACCGCUCGCCCUUCGCCGGCUCCAUCGCCGCCUCCUCCGCCGCCUCCGGAGCCACCACGCAGGUGUUUUCCUUGGCAGGUUCCACGUUCAGCCUCCCUUCCUCGCACAUUUUUGGGAGCCCCCUGACGUCCGGGCUGUCCCUGAACCCACUCCURGGCCAGCCGGAGAGCAGCCGGGCAGAGCCGGACCUGGAGGAUUGCGGCUUUGGCUGCCGAGGGACGUCCCCGCAGGAGAGCCUGUCCUCCAUGUCCCCCAUCAGCAGCCUGCCCACCCUCUUCGACCAGACCGUGUCGUGCAGCAGCAGCGGGCAGCUGGACAAUGUCCCCCAGGCCACCCCCAACAUCGAGCAGCUCCUGGAGAAGCAGGGCAAUGGCGAGGCCGGCGUCAACAUCGUCGAGAUGCUGAAGGCCCUGCACUCGCUGCAGAAGGAGAACCAGCGGCUGCAGGAGCAGAUCAUGACGCUGACGGCCAAGAAGGAGCGGCUCCAGCUCCUCAAUGUCCAGCUGUCCGUCCCCUUCCCCGUGGUGACCAGCAGCAACGGCCCGGGCAGCCAGGCCCAGUACAUCCUCCCCGCCAACGUGUGCACCAGCGACUCGCUGAGCAUCAGCAAGAGCCCCCCGUGCAAGAACAGCUUCGGCAUCGAGAACUCGCUCUCCACGUCCUCCGAGGACCCUCACUCAGGGUGUCCCAGCAGGAGCAGCUCCUCCCUGUCCUUCCACAGCACGCCCCCGCCCCUGCCCAUGCUGCAGCCCAGCCCGGCCGCGCUGCCCCUGCCCCUGCCCGGGGCGCAGCAGGUGAACGGCCUGGCCAGGGCGGCCGGCGGGGCGCUGGCAGGAGGCUCCGGCGGCGGCCACGGCCUCUCGGCGCUGCCCGUGGUGGACGGCCUGCUGGGCAGCCUGGCCGGAGCCCAGCAGAUGCCCCUCAACGGGAUCCUGGGGAGCCUGAACGGAGCCCAGCCCGCCCAGCCUCCGAGCGCGCCGGCCCCGGCCAGCGGGCCCCCGGCCCUGCAGCUCUCCAGCGGCCUGAGCAGCAUUCCCAGCCUGAGUCCCCUGACGGAGCAGCAGCGGCACGUCCUGCACCAGCACGAGCAGCAGCUGCAGCAGCUCCAGCAGCUCCUGACUUCCCAGCCCCUUAACCCGGAGCAGCAGGCGCUGGUGUUCCAGAUGAUGCAGCAGAUCCAGCAGAAGCGGGAGCUGCAGCGGCUGCAGAUGUCCGGCUCGUCCCAGCUGUCCAUGAGCGGCCUCCUGGCCGCCACCUCGGCGCCGCUGCACUCCAGCCCCAGCGCCCUGAUGACCUCGGCGCCCCCGGCUGCCCCCGGCAGCAGCUCCCUGCUGGUGGCCUCGCUGUCCCCCGGCAGCGCCCUGCUGGCCCCGCAGGCCACGCCACCGCUCAGCGCCGCCGGGAGCCUGCUGGGCUCGGGCUCGGCCGUUCCCCCCGUGCUCACGGCACAGCCCAACCCCUUCCUCAGCCUGCAGCCCGACGGCAGCGGCCCCAAAGCAACGAGCAUCAAUGACAAGGGAGCUCCUCUCACGCAGGACAAGGGCUAAGCCCCGGCCCCGAUGGAGCCAACGCCAACUCCUCUUCCCACGGGAACGCGGCUUUUCCAGAGCCGACCC